CCUAGUUUAUUCUGCUACCGGUGUUCUUCGCGAACGGACGGGAUGUGAUAAAUGAAAAUUGUUCAAAGUUGUGUCGACUUCUGUUUUUGAAAAAAAUAUUUAUACCUAAUUGUAAUUGUACAUACUCUUAUACAAAAACCUCAAGUGCUAUAUAAUUAUAAGCAUGUAAUCAACAUACAUCAAUUUCAGGAUUAAAGUGGAAGUUGUAAUAAUCUUUCAAAAGUACAAUGGAUACUCUCAAUAACCUUCCUGUAGAAAUUUUAGAAGAAAUUUUCGCCUACCUCAACCUGAUCGAUAUAAAAAACGCUUGCUUAGUUUGUAGUUAUUGGCGUAAUAUCCUGCAUGGUGUACGCUUUAAACGGCAAUGCCAAAUAUGCAUCAAUGGCAGCUUCGACCAGGAGCUAUCAAAUUCAGAAAUGCUAAUAGUUAAGGAUUGUCGUAACAUAUCACUGAAUCAUUGGGAUAACCCAGACUAUGACGACGACGAUGAUGGAGAUGAUCCUGCCAGCAGUGACCGUCGUGAAAAUGAAGAAAUAGUAAAUUUAAAGUACCUAUUUGAACCAUGUCCAGAGGCUAAUAUAGAAAAACUACUAGUUGGGCUUGAAUCCUGCAUUGAGACGAUAAUAUUGAAAAGCAGCUUUGAAAGUAGCCGAAUGAUACUUGAAAACCGAAUACCAAAGAUGGCAAAUCUCCGAGAGCUUGACCUUGUCUUAUGGAACUUAUAUAGAUAUCCGUCGAUAGAUCGAAGCAAGUGGUACAUCCAUCACGAGCAACUUCAAAGGCUUAAAAUAUUUCUAGAAGUGACAAAACCAUACGAUGUUAUGCUUCCUCAUUUGACAACACUAGAUUUAGCACCUAAUUGCCGUUAUGGUUUCCAUAUCAUUGAGAAAUACUGCAUGCAGUUGAAGCAUCUGAAAGUUCAAUUUGCGGAUCCAGAAACGAUGCAUGAUAUGAUAUCUUUAUCGUUUCCUAUGUUGACACACCUGGAAGCUAUAAUGGCCGAGGACAAAGAAAUCCAGGAACGAUAUGCUCGAACUCGAAACAAAUACAUAGACAAGGAGAAGGAAGAAAAUUUUAUCAAAUCAAUGCCAAAAUUGAAGUCUCUGUCAAUGGAAAGUAAUUUAAUGCUCUACCGAAUCGGAGCGGCUCUCUCCAAAUACAGCCAACAGCUGGAAGAAAUAACCUUGGCGGGUAUGCACAUAGAUCCCGCUCAACUACAACUGAUCGAAGCACUUUCAAAAGUUAAAACAUUUACUUUGCGAUACACAAAAAUUGAAUGUCCACCUUUGGCCCUACCAAAAUUAAAUAUGCCUAGAUUGCAGCACUUAUCACUAUCGCACAAUGACUCAGAUAUUGUGUUUAACGAUGGUCUCUCCGGGUUGAAAUCACUGAAAUUGACAGUCGGUUCCGAAAGAAGUGAAAAAGUGUUGUAUAAGAUUUGCAACAACUUGCCCAACUUAGAACGUCUAGAAUUACUUGUAUAUUCCAAGUGGAAAAAUUUUGCUUUUCGUCAUCUGAACAAGUUGCUCAAGCUUAGGUUACUGCGAAUUAGUGAAUGUGAUAGUAAUAUUAAUUGGACGCUAUGUCCUGUAGUUCCUAACUUGCAAAGAGUUGUGUUCGACAAUUGUACUAAUCUGAGUACGAAAACCUUUAGACGAUUAAGUAACUUGUUUCCUGGUCUCAUCGGCAUCUCCAUAAAUGAUUGUUGUGCAAUCUGUAGUGAUGAGGACGACACCUGCACUUCUUCCAAAAAGAAAACUCCUAAAUUUGACGAGAGCGAGCAGGCACAACGAAUGUGUAGAGAACAGUUGGAGUCUAUGUUCCCACAGUGCAUAGUUUCUUUGAACAAAACGUCCCUGAAGUGGAAGCGAUGGAAUUAAAACGAUUUACUAAAAUGCGAAUGGUA